AUGGUGCCUGAGGUGAGGGUCCUCUCCUCCUUGCUGGGACUCGCGCUGCUCUGGUUCCCUUUGGACUCCCAUGCUCGAGCCCGCCCAGAUAUGUUUUGUCUUUUCCACGGAAAGAGAUAUUCCCCUGGCGAGAGCUGGCACCCCUACUUGGAGCCACAAGGCCUAAUGUACUGCCUGCGCUGUACCUGCUCUGAGAGUGCCCAUGUGAGUUGUUACCGCCUCCACUGCCCACCUGUCCACUGUCCUCACCCUGUGACCGAGCCACAGCAGUGCUGUCCCAGGUGUGUUGAACCUCAAACCCCCUCUGGACUCCGGGCUCCCCCAAAGUCCUGCCAGCACAAUGGGACCAUGUACCAGCAUGGAGAGAUCUUCAGUGCCCGGGAGCUAUUCCCUGCCCGCCUGCCCAACCAGUGUGUUCUCUGCAGCUGCACAGAGGGCCAGAUCUACUGUGGUCUCAUGACCUGCCCUGAACCGGGCUGCCCUGCACCCCUCCCACUGCCUGAUUCCUGUUGCCAGGCCUGCAAAGAUGGCACAGGUGAGAAACCAGCGGGAGAGGACACCAUGCAGUCACAUCCUGGAGCGAGACAUCCCCAGGAUCCAUGCUCAGGUGACGGUGGGAGAAAGAGAGACCUGAGCACCCCAGCUCCCACUGGCCUCAGCUCCCCUCUGGACUUCAUCUCUCGCCACUUCCGACCCAAGGGGACCGGCAGCACCACAGUCAAGAUUGUCCUGAAGGAGAAACAUAAGAAAGCUUGCGUGCACAGUGGGAAAACAUACUCCCACGGAGAGGUGUGGCACCCAGCCUUCCGCUCCUUUGGACCCCUGCCCUGCAUCCUGUGCACCUGUCAUGAUGGCCGCCAGGACUGCCAGCGUGUGACCUGCCCCACGGAAUACCCCUGCCACCACCCUGAGAAAGUGGCUGGGAAGUGCUGCAAGAUUUGCCCAGAGGACAAAGCUGAUCCUGGCUAUCCUGAGGUCAAUGCCACCAGGUGUCCAAAGGUGCCUAGCCGGGUCGUCGUCCACACAGCAGUGUCUCCAAGUCCUGAUAAUCUGCGGCGCUUUGCCCUCGAGCGUGAGGCUUCAGACCAGGUGGAGAUCUACCUCUGGAAGUUGGUGAAAGGAAUCUUCCACUUGAUUCAGAUCAAGAAAGUCAGGAAACAAGACUUCCAGAAAGAGGCGCAGAACUUCCGGCUACUCACCAGCACCCACGAAGGUCACGGGAACGUCUUCUUAGCCCAGACCCCAGAGCUGAAGGUCACGGCCAGUCCCGACAAAGUUACCAAGACCUUAUAA